UGAUCCGUUCCGUAUUUGUUGGUCUUAAAACCAGACGACUGGGAACCAGGUAUUUACAGUAAUUCUAUGUGGGCGUCAUUGUCAUUGCUAAAAACUCGUUUAAUUUAGACUUUAUUCUAUGUACAUACACAACCACUUGAUGAAGUCAUUACAUUCCAACUUGUAAAAAUUCUGAUAACUUCCAAUGAAUACCGCCAUUGACAAUAUUCAAGGAGUAAAUUAAAACACAGUGAUAAGAGUAUGAGCCAAAAUAUCCUUCAUUGACAUCCUGCGUGAGUCGGUCUUUUUAGACCUUUUUAGUGAAUUUCGGUGAGUUUUCCUGACUCGAAUUGGCUUUUGGAAUUUAGUGUUUCGCCCAGUUGGUUACAACGAAAUUUAUCUUGCUACAAUCACACCUCCUAAAUCAGACAUAAUACUGCAGUGCCUUGCCUCCUCCGCAGGCAUCACCUUCAGAUUGGCGGGCAAAAUUUGCUUGCAGGCAAAAAAAUUGUAAAGUAAAUGAUCCACGAGCGGAGGAAGCUAGUCACGCGCAUGACAUUUCUGUUCCGUAACUAUUUCUUUGUGCUUCUCCAGCUUGUCAACAAUACACAAGUUAGUUAGUUUGUUGAAAUGUUCAGUGUAAUACAAUAAAGUAAAUCAGUACUCAGUAGAUAUAAUAUUAAGUAAAUAUAAUAUAAAGUACACAAGGAAUGUUAUUUGUUUGCUUUGUCUGAAAAUAACAACAUCCCAGUUCGAUGUAGUGAUCAUUCUUACUUAGUUGAAACUAUUAUUUCAACAGAGGUAACUCAAAAUACCAUUACUAUGGAAUCCGUAUUCAACCAAAUUCUCCUCUGAAUGCUUUGGUUGAUCAUGAAAUCCAAGGAGCAAUGCGACAAUCUCCUUCCGCUCAUAAGAGGUAUGUUCGAAAUAAUUAAACCAAUGUAAUUUUUUGUGACACUAGGGUCAACGUUUAUACUAUAUGACUGUGUGAUUUCGCACCCAGGUGGUAUAUAUUAUGCAAACAUGAAGUACUGGUAUGUGUAGGCAAUGUCCGAAGCAGCUCGUACUGCAUGGGCUCACGCGUACCCUUCCCUGCAUACGUCAUGUUUUUUUAUGUAAAAUGUCCGGGUAGACGGCAGAUGAGUGAUUGACUCACUUUAACAGAGCAUGCAUAUGCAAAUGGCUCUCCAUUGUACUUAUUGUACAUAAUACUGUACAGUAUUAAAUUAAUUUUUAGCGGAUCAGUUAAAGUGAUUUUAGCAAGAUUUUGACCAUUUUUUUUCCAAGCAGUCGAUUAAAGUUAACAACGAAGGUUGAGAAUGAAUCAUUUGGAGAUGAACCGAGUCGCGGAGGAGAAGACUCUCAACAAACAAAAAAUCAACAAGAGCAACAUCAACAAUAUCUUGGUGAUAUUUCACAAGGUCUUCCAGAGUUUAAACCUGUUCUGACAAAUGAACCUUUGCCAGGUACCAAAUUAAUUCAUUUUUUCCCGUAAUUGAAAUCAUAUUUUAAUUCUAAAACGAGGACUAGGUCAGAUCUUAGUAUGAAGAAGUUCCACUAAGGUCUUUAGACUAGCGUUCAUAACCAAUGACAUAAGCUUAUCCCUUGCAUGAAGAUACUGCAAUAUGCCAAGCAACAUAAUAUCCAAAGCAUGAGAAAGCAGCAGAAAUAAUAUUACCUCAACCCCUUGGAGGGUUGCAACUGCAUGUGAGAACGUCUUCGAAGGAUACUACUGUACUCAAUCCCAAAGGCGUGUCGAUUCAGUCUUACUACAUUGUUAAACCCCUAUUAGUUAUGACCUCCGGUAGAGGCCUUUUUUUUAUAAGGGAAGGGAGCGUAAUAGAUCUCAACCUCUAGGGAUCAGUAGAAAAGAGAGCAGUUAUUUGAGGAGGACGAUUGGUUAAUCAUUGAUCAAAUCGAUGUACGAUUUAUUUAUUGUAGAUGGAAUAAGCAAUCAAGAUAUUUUGGUUUUCUCUCAACUAUAUCGAGAACAUUGUGAGGUAAAACAUUUAAAAUGAUUACAAUUUCGUGUCGGAUUGAAUUAAUUUAGGGAUAGAUCAUGCAUGUUUUAGAUUCAGGGCAUAAAAUAAUGUUAAAUAUUUAUCAAAAUUUUGUUUGCAGGCAAUUUUAGACGUCGUUGUCAAUUUACAAUUCUCGUUGGUUGAAACUUUGUGGCAUACUUUCUGGAGAGCGCCAGCAUCUGAAGAUGAAACUAAACAAGAAUUACAGUCCACAAAGUAAACGGAUAUUUGUUAAAAUAUGUUUGCAAGAUGUACUUUGGAAAUAUCUCCAAAUUAUUUUUAACGUCCUACCGUCUGUGGUCAGUCCAUCUUGAUUUUUUUUUUGUGGCAUCUAAAUACAGUAUCAAGAAUCUUAGCAUGUUAAUAAUUCAUUUGCAUGUGGAAUACUGGGAAGGGAUUGUUUAGACUAUUCGACACAUUGUUGAAAUAAUAUUAAUGGAUCUUAUAGUACGAUUGCAAGCACAAAAGGCUCGAAACACCCAUAACGUUUAUUCCAGUGGGCUCUCCCUAUUUUCUGCAGUGAGUGUGCUUUCACGAGAUCUUGUGCGAGAAAUGCAGGUAGAAACAUUCCUGUGUUGCUUUCACUCAAUGGAAACGUCCGCAGAGGAGAGAGUACAUUCACGUUAGACUGUUAGAGUACUGUAUACCGCUAGAAAAUUACCAAUGUAUUUUAAGAAGCUGCAACUUUUUAAUUAUUCUAUUAAUUUUUAUUGACAUCGUUGUCCUAUAUUGAUCCAAAAUCAGGGUUCGUAGCGGUCUUUGAAAUCCUUGAAAGUCUUUACAUUGGAAUGCAGGUCUUUGAGGUCUUUGAAAAGUCUUUAAAUUGUGUGAAAAAGCGAAGAAAGUCUUUAAACGUCUUUAAAUUCUUUAGUGAGGAAUUGAUUAAACGAUUUCCUAGCUAAUAAAAUAGAUUGAUUGAAUCGAGAUUUUCGCAAAUAUCGACGAAAAUGCGCAUUUUAGGAUGUGAUUUGACGGGACUAAUUAAUGGGUCGUGUAUUGUAAAUAGAUUAACAUACAUGUAAGAUAUAUUAACAUUUGGUGAUAUUUUGAAUUUUAGCAAAGAUCUUGAAGAACGACUUCCCAAGACAAAAUUAACAAUACUGUGUAAUUAUCAACCUGUGUUGGAUUAUGUCAAAGAUGCUGAUCAUGUUCUUUAUCAGACAUUGGUUGAAACAUUAAUUCCAGAAGUAUUGAGACCAAUACCAGGUAAAUAGAUAUCAAAUAUAAGAUAUAUUAAUAGUGGACCUGCUGCAAAUCACCAAUCCUCUCAAAUAAACCUUCCUUUUAUAAUAAGUUUCCUCUUUUAGGACAGAACUUUAUUAAGCUCGCCUGUCUUUUAAGGUAUCCCCCUCCUUCAACCAAUUUCUAGUCCAAAGACCUAAGCGUGUAUAUAGUUCCGCGAUAUUCAAACCUAGCUUGCGUAACUUGCUAAGUAUACAGCAAUAUCAGCAUCUGCAAGUUACAUUUUUUAUCUAGGUUCUCUAACAUCUGCCAUCAGAAAUUAUGCCAAAUGUCUUGAAUCCUGGCUUGUUGGCAGCCUUACGGAUAUUCCACAGAAGAUGGUAGACCUUAAGGUAGUGAAAUAGUUUCAUGUUUAUUUAAAGCAAUAAAUGAAAAUACUGCCGAUUACCUGGAUACAACUUGUGCGAACCUGUAUGGUCCGAAGCCUGUAUUAGAAAUUUCCCAGUAUCCUUUUCCAAACUUUAUGUUCGCUGUAGUCAGAUUUGUGUGAUUUUCUCCCAAAUCAUAGUUACAGUAAUACGUGCCUUUUGAAUAAAGAUGUUGUUGGCAUCUCGAUGGAUUGAAUGAUAGUUGAUGGGUUUGUAGAUGGAGAUUCUGGAGUGGAAAUUUUGUAUAUAUUUAUUAGACCUAACCAGGAACAGCCGAGAAAAAUGCAAGUAUACGUCCUCUGGCAAGAAUCGAACUGGCGUAUAGUUGCAUGCUUGGGUCUAAUAAAUGUAUAGAAAAUUUACACUCAUAAUUUCCAUCUACAAAACUCUUCAACUUUUCAUUAAAGGCUGGAGUGAUGAUGUUUCCUAUCGUCAAAAUUCUGUAGAAUUCCCCCCUCCCGAUCCCCAUCCUACUGUAGUUCAUUCGCUUUACUCGCAAUGUACGCGGGGCUAACUGGAAAUUAGUUUUGGCCACCUGCAAAGAAGUGGGUAUACUGUAAAAGUAUACUGUAAAAGUACACUGUAUGCCGUCCAGAGGGAGUCAUUGAUCUCGUAUGAUAGGUAUGUGAAACGAGUUGCUGUAUCUGAUAUAAAAUCAUUUUUAUCUAGACUUCAACAUGCAGUGCAUUUUCCCAGACUUUGCGUCGUUAUACAUCAUUAAAUCAUCUUGCACAGGCAGCCCGGGCUGUUCUUCAGAACCCACAACAGAUCAAUCAAAUGUUGGCAGACUUAAACCGAGUGGAUUUUGCUAACGUCCAGGUAGGCUUGAUCUCUGAAUAAUAUAUGCAAUGGGUAUAAUGUCAAAUCAAUAUAACCAUAAUUGAAACCAUAGUCUUUCAAAACAUGGUUUGGAAACUCCGCUCUAAAGUCUUUGUUCAGUCAUUUUGUUCGCGUUUAUCAAACACAGCGAUUUCUUACCUCAAAACUAUCCAUGAUCCUUGCAAUACACCCUCAUGAAACCGAGGCUGUAUGGCCAAGACUGAACACUUUCCGGAAAGGUGUAUUCUAAUCUCAAUCCUAAAGGCCAUUUUUCACUUCAACUGUAUCGUAGCGUAUUUCUUUGUUUCCUGAGCACUGGAGUGGAAGUAAUGACUUCGACACAAAAGAAAGUGCUAUGAUACGUUACGAAAAAAUACGCUAUGAAAACGACCUAAAUUAAUGCUCGCCUUAACACUAACCCAAAUCCAUACCGUUAUCCUAACCUUAACUCCAAUCUUGAUCUACUAGUAACUUCGUCACAUUUAAAUACAAAGUCGACUCUGUGGGCAUCCAAAAUAUAGAGAAAGGCAAAAGGAAUUUCAAAGAUUUAUCGAAGAUGUGCUAUAACUCCUUGAAAGUACAUCAUCUUUGUGCGAUCAUUAAAAUAAAUGUUUUAUUAGGAACAAGCGUCUUGGGUGUGUCAAUGUGACGAUGAAGUUGUCAACCAGUUAGAGGCAGAUUUUAAAGCAACGUUAGCACAGCAAGUGAGUAUUAAGUUAUAAUGUGUUGUGCUGCAGGACUGCAAAAAUUGUUUUCUUUUCUGCAACAGAUAUUUUGUUCAUGCAGUUGGAGCAAAAUACAGAGAGUCCCAUGUACUACCGGAGUUAUAUAGUUUCCCGUCUAUGACGAGUUUAUAAAUUUCGAAUAUAAGUUGUAUUUCUUGUUUCUAUUUAAUAUAUGCUUUUUAAGAUUUUCAUCUCCUAUUUUCCAUUGGUUUCUACCUUUCUCAAAAUAUUGUUCAGUAGUUCGCUAAAUUUGCAACCCUGAUGUACUAUGUUAUGUAUCGUUUUGUAUUGUACUUAAUUCUCUCUAUUUUGUUCCGAAAAAUUCACCUGACGAACAAGCUUGCAAGGUUCCAGAGAAAUGAAUGAAACUGAUUUACAUUACUAUAGAAUUCACUUGAGAAAUGGGCGGAAUGGUUGGAAGAUGUUGUUAAUAAAGUUCUUUCUGCUACGGAAGGUACCCCAGCUUAUCCUAAAGCUGCUCGACAGUUUUUGUUGAAAUGGUCAUUUUAUAGGUAGGUUUAAAUGCACCUUUUCUACUUUUUGUCAUUUUUAGUUUCCACCAAGCACUUGUCGUAAAAACGCGCAAUUUCUUACACAUCUGGAAAUAGGUUGUAAAAAGGUUGUUGUCAAUAUUGUUCACACUGCUUGUUACCUGCAGUUGUUUUAGCAAGUCUGAACAAGUUGUUAUCACCUUUUAAGGUUGUUAAUGAUAACAGCCCAACCUCGUACCCAGGAUCUUUCUUUGGGAAAGAUGACAUCUCUCCCAGAUGACAGAAGGAGAGACCUUGGGAACGAGGUUGAUAACAGCCUUGCUACAAGUUAUUCCAACAAGACUAAUACAGGCUGUUCGUAACAAGUUGUUACGAGCUUUUUGUCAUGACUUGUUGGAACACCUUGUUGCGAGUAUGUUGGCCUCAUCAACCUUGUUACAAGAUGAUAACAGCUUGUUCCAGACUUGUCAACAACUUGGAAUAAGCAAUACGAACAUAUCUUGUUGACAAGCUGGGAGAUGUUUACGCUUGUAAAGCAGAUCGUGGUGAAAAUGAGUGAGAAAAUGUUAUUUAUUUUUAUUAUAUGUAGUUUAGUCUUGUAUUUGGUGGCAAAUAAAUAGAAAUGAGAAAUUGUCGCCGGCCUUUUUGAAGUGAUACUAAAACCUAGCUACCAUAACGUGAGUGGAAAUCACGAGGUUAUACUAUCUCUCUUUUGAAUCGUUCUUGUGUCUCCUGUAUCUCUCUCAGUUUAUCUUGGAAAGUGACAGAAAAUUAGAAAUUUUCAAAUUUUGCAUAUCGGCCUUAUUUGUCAAAGUAUUGUCCAAUUAUUUCGUGCCAUUUUGAUUGUGUGCUGACAUCAUAUAUACAUCAUUAGAUUCCGCUCACUGAGGAGAAUAUUUCGAUAUGUGACACAUGCCUGUAGAAUGUAUAUUUCUCUCAAUUUACCGUGUCAUCUAUGCUUAAUACGUUAAUAGAAUGAAGUCUGUGUAGAUACCCUGUAUCUUAUUGUUCUACAUGCUUCAUUUGUAUUUUAGUUCCAUGGUAAUCCGUGAUCUUACAUUACGUAGUGCUGCUAGUUUUGGUUCGUUCCAUUUGAUUCGUCUUCUCUAUGACGAGUAUAUGUUUUAUUUAAUUGAGCAUAAAGUGGCCGUUGCUACAGGAAAGUCGCCUAUUGCUGUUAUGGGGGAGGUAAGCAAGAAAUAUGUUUUCCACGUAUAUAGACCAAUUGCGAAACUUAGUGGCCUUCAUAAACAAUUUAUUUAUUUAGCUUUGCCAACUAGGGCAGGGUCACCACAACAGCAUAUGCCAAUUACUGUGGGCCCUUUUUACCUAACCCACCCUGUCAACUUUCCCUGUGGGAGGAAACCGGAGUACCCGGGGAAAACCCACGGUUUUCGGCAGAGCGUUGACAUUUACUCUUUUCACAUGGGGACUGGGUUCGAGUCGCAUUGAGAAGGUACUUAGUGAGACUCGAACCUGCAGCCUCAGAGGCGAAAGGCAAGUGCGCUAACCACUCGGCCACCGAAGCCCCUGUGAUUUUUUUGAUUAAUUUCUAUAUUUUUAUGUAGCGAAAAGUGUAUUUUAGGGUUUUUAAAGUGUUUUUUCUUUAAUCUCUUUGAUCUUUUCUUAAUAUUUCGUGCUAGGUUAUACAAAUAUUUGUUAAAUUUAUCUAAACAUCGAUUUCCCACUAUAUUUUUACCCGCUUUGGAGAGAUAUUUCGUUGUUGUUUUAGCAUGCGAUGGAACAAAUAUAUGGAAAAGAUCAAUCUAGACUUUAAAAUCUGAUCAAGAUGCAAAUAAAAUAGCCAGUAUAACUUAACAAACUAAAAUAUAACUCUUUCUACCCAGAUUUUUUUAGACUUCGUGCGAGAAAAAAACGAUUUUGUCAAAGGAUAAUAACAUAAAAUUUCUACAAAUUUUACCCGACAUUUUCUUUCAUAUUUUAAAUUUAAAAUCGAAAACUUGCUAUUAUAUUACAACUGAAACAAAAUUAAUCAAUGUUACAACUUAGUCUUUGAAAUGUAUUAAUAAAACAGACGGAAAAUACCUGAUUCUUUCUCCGGCAUAAUCUGCUUCUUUUAUCGGACGGCGAAAAACAGCAAAACAUUGCCUCGCACGCCGCGAAAAACAAUGAAAUUUGAAGUAAGACUAAAUCUAUGAACAAGUUUAAUAAAGAUUUACAUUGUCAAAACAGAAAUAUUGAAAAAAAAUGAAGAGAAGUGUGGGAUGUGAAGUGUGGGAUGUGUUUGGUGAAACACAGUCAAAACGACUUCAGAAACUUCAAAAUAGAGCUGCUCGAAUUAUCAUGAGUAUGAGCAACGAUAUAGAUCACACUAUUGUUUUACAGGCUUUGGGCUGGGAGCCACUUCAGUCAAUAAGAGAAAAGGCAAAAGCAAUACUAAUGUACAAAAUUCUGAAUAAAAUGGGCCCUGAGUCACUCACAAACCUUUUCACCUAUAAAAGUGGGAUGACAAAUUACAAACUUCGGGACAUUUCCAGUGGUCUUUGUUUACCACAACCUCGAACAAAUAAAAUGAAAAAUAGUUUCAUGUAUAACGGAGCUCACUUAUGGAACUCUAUUCCAAAUGAAAUUAGGGAAAGCAAAUCCCUGUCAUGUUUUGAAAAUAAAAUUGCUACUCACAUUCUUUAAAUUAACUAAAACAAGAUCCUAAGAAACUGAAAACCUAAAAUACUUGUAAAUAUAUAUAUGACUUACUUAUAGUUUAUAUAACUUAGUUGAUAUUAUAGAUUGUAAAUAGCUUUAAAUACCUUAUACUAUAUUUGUAAUUCCUUUUUACACGCCCCCUGUGGAAAUCAGCCUCGGUUGACAGGGUUAGCGUGGAUAAAUAAAGUUUUUCUAUCUAUCUAAGAGAUUACCAUAAAAACGCGUCUCAAACACUGAAAUUCAUUUUUCGCCAUAUAAAAAUAUAGCGGAAUGAUUUGUUUUUGCAUAAUACUGUAAGCCUCGUUUUCGUGUAAUUUAAGGCGCGGUCACUAAGUUUCGCAAUUGGUCUAUACUGUCAUAGACAUAGGACAAGCUUUACAGACGUGAUUAUGGGACUAUGUAGUGUGACCCAGCCUGGAAUGAAACUAUACCUGCUCAGUAUUAACCUUUAAAAAUCUCUUAAUGAAAUAAUGAAAUAUUACUUUUACGCAUUAGAUAGGAAUUAUAACGUGGAUGUCCUCGAUCGUGGAAAACAAUUUGCCUGAAAUGUAACCAGGCCCGGGACCUAACCAAACCUAUAUAUUGCAUGUUGUUUUUAAAUUAGAUAUGUAUCUAUAUAUACAUAUAUAUGUGUCUAUGUGUGUGUGUAUGUGUAUGUUUGUGUAACACUGUACUUGUACGUUUACGUUUUGGGAUCACAGUAUUGGCCUGAAGCUGUUGUGAUUUCCUGUCACAUUUGUAAUGUUAUAUAUGUAAUUAUUGUUAUAAAUGUAAUUAUUGUGACAAAGCUUGUAAAAUUAAAAAUUAAAGUAUUGCAGGAACUUCUGGUGUCCUAAUGAAGCCACAGUUGCUGAUUGGCUCGAUCCCAUUCGCGAAAAUUAAUUUUUAGCAGCUGUUUCGAUUAGACAUCGAAGGAGGACAACACACUUCAGUUUCACAUUUUACCAAUUAGUCAAUUUUAACUAACAUUCAUUUUGUUUUAGUUUGUUGGUCUUGGUGCCAACCUUGCUGCAGCGUUGGCUCCUCUAGAUCCGCUGAAACAAAGUAUGUACUGUAUAAUAAUCUACAUUUGUCUGCAUCGAUGUAUUUUGUGCAGUUGUUGCUUGAAUUUUGUACAUGCCUAAAUAAUGUUGGGUAUCUGGGUGUUCUAAAGUCCAAACACGUUUAACACCAUAUAGAGACAUUUCCUCAAAAUAACAAAUCAAUAAGUAACUUGAUGGCAUGGAGAACAGUGGGUGGUGCUGUUAUAUCUCAGUGGUUUAAUCUUCAUUUUACUUUCAGAUGGCCUAGGUGACAGUGGAUCAGACGUGACUUCAGAGGAUGAUUAUGGUGACAGUAAGGAUAUAAAGAAACCAACAACAGAUAUCCCUACAUUAGAUGAACCUGACAUGAAGAAACAACGGACAAAUUAAGAAAUUUAUUAAUCUAGAUAUUUACUUUAUGUCUCGUUAUUCAGAGUUUUAGAUGUCGAUGCUUUUAACCAUAUUAGGUACAUUUGUGAUUCAAUUGUUCAGUCAGAGAUUAUAAUACAACAGCGUUGAAGCUAUAGGACGUGAAGAGCUCGUUUGUCACAAAAAGCAAAUAAAGGUGAUUAAAUAAUCCGAAUGCGAAUGACAAUAUAUGGUGUCAAGUAAACGAGCAACAAAAUGACUGCGACGACGUCAACAUAUUUCUGGCAUGUAUUAGAAUUUGUACAGCAGUUGUGGUGCUCAUAUUACUUCACGUUUUGUGAAUGCUUUGAGUUACUUCUCCCGUCAUCAACGGCUGUCUGCCACAGCUUUUUCACUAUGGCUUACAGAUCGUUUAUUGUGUUUGUCAUGGUAAGCAAAUCUUUAGUUUUGUUGUAUCAAAUAUUUGUAAAUACUUGUAGAUCACAGGAUAUAUAUUAUCAUUUUAAUGAUUGAAAUUGUGUAAAUUAUUGAACGAUUGUGAAUGGGUUCAACCUAAUCAUGUGCUUGUGAAAUCUCUCCGUACAAACGUAUUCAUUGCUUAUAAAAGUUGUAAAUAAUACUAAACCUUUGUUGUUCAACUUUAUUUCAUAAAUUGUAUUAAGAUUUGUAUUGGAUUCAUAUUGUACUUAUAUAGUUUAUUCAUUAAAUAUAUAGAUCCUCGUUUGACCAAGGC